AUGGCACCAUCCAAUCCCAAAGUUAUAGCGGCGUUCCGCGCAAUGACCAACCUUGGCAUUCAUGAAUCCAAAGUGAAACCAGUGUUGAAGAAACUGAUUAAAUUGUAUGAAGGAAACUGGGCGCUUAUUGAAGAAGAGAAUUAUAGGGCUCUUGUCGAUGCUAUUUUCGAAGACGAAGAUAAUCAGGAAGGGGGGGUUGAGGCUGAAGCUCCUGCGCCAGUAGAGCAAGUGCGACCUUUGAAGAGGUUGCGUUUAAGAGGCCAAGAUGGUCAAUUUUUACUUCUUCCGACUAGUGGCGGUAGCCCAAGUCUAGCCGUCUCUCCAGUGAAAUCAGGCCUUCCGACUAGUGGCGGUAGCCCAACAUCACCUGCCUCCUCUCCAUUGAAAUCACGCGGUAGCCCAAGAUCACCUGCCUCCUCUCCAUUGAAAUCACGCGGUAGCCCAACUUCACCUGCCUCCUCUCCAUUGAAAUCACCUAAACCAAGACCUGGCACAGUAACUGAAAGUGGUUCUGAACUGCAGCCUCAAAGCCCAUCAGUGUUAUCCAGAGGAAAUGCCGCUGCUGACAAGGGAAAGAAUCCUGUCUCACCUCUAGAUACUUCAAGAAGGAGAAAAUCUAUAUCCGACAGAAGUCCAUCUAAAGAACAGGCUGUUGAACCAGGAACCUCUCCGUCUCCAAAAACCAAGACACCCCAUCCUUACCCUUUUAUCAUCCCCAAGGCAGAGCCUAUUGAUGAAGAGGCAGAUUAUGAGGUUCCCAUUUCAAUGGUUUUUCCUGAACCUCUAAGUCCCGGAGAGCAAGGUAACAACGACGCAGUGGCAUCACAAUGCAGGAACGGAAAUGUUGAAGAUGAAGCCUCGGUUGCAUCUCAGGUUCCGGUUUCUCUACCCUCCCCAAGUGACCCAGAUGACAUAACAAAGGGAGAAGAAAAAGUGAAAAUUCCAUGGGUGAAUAAUUCUGCUAAUGAUAUCCCGCCUUUGUUUCACUACAUGCCCCAAAACACGGUGUUCCAAGAUGCAUAUGUUAAUAUUUCUCUAUCGUGUAUUGGGAACAAAGAUUGUUGUUCUACUUGUAUGGGCAAUUGUGUCUUAUCAUCUAAACCAUGUUCUUGUGUAAAUAAAACUGGAGGGGAUUUUGCUUAUACUGCACAAGGCAUAGUAAAGGAAGAGUUCUUGGAAGAGUGUAUUGCCAACAGCCGCACUCAAAGUUUUACCUAUUGCAAAAAAUGCCCACUUGAAACAGCAAAGAAUGAUGGCUGUUUAGAACCAUGUAAAGGACAUUUGAAGAGGAAAUUUAUUAAAGAAUGCUGGAGCAAAUGUGGCUGUGGGAAACAUUGUGGCAAUCGGAUUGUCCAGCGUGGAAUAACUUGCAACUUGCAGGUGUUUUUAACUUCAGAUGGAAAAGGGUGGGGUCUUCGCACCUUAGAGGAACUUCCAAAAGGGGCAUUUGUAUGCGAGUUUGUUGGAGAAAUUCUGACAGUCAAAGAGCUGCAUGAGAAGAACAAGGCUAGAAAAUAUACGUUACCAGUUUUAUUAGAUGCAGAAUGGGGCUCAGGUGUUGUAAAGGAUAACCAAGCUCUUUGCUUAUAUGCUGCAUCAUAUGGAAAUGCUGCUCGGUUUAUUAAUCACAGAUGUUUGGAUGCAAACUUGAUUGAGAUCCCGGUUGAAAUUGAGAGUCCAUCUCAUCACUACUAUCAUUUUGCGUUCUUCACAUCCAGAGAAAUCAAAGCACAGGAAGAGUUGACCUGGGAUUACGGCAUCGACUUUGAUGGCGAUGAUCAGUCACUCGAGCUGUUUAAGUGCAAAUGUGGCAGUAGAUUCUGCAGGAAUAUUAAGCGAACAAAUAGAACAGUUAGAUCGUUUGCUGCUGCGUGA